AUGGCCUCGCCCGGCGCCAUGGCCCUCCAGAUCGUGUCGGACCUGCACCUCGAGAUCCACGACGACUAUGACGCGUACACCAUCACACCGCAUGCGCCCGUCCUCGCGCUGCUGGGCGACAUCGGCCUCGUCGCGCGCCACCGCGACGCCCUCGCCGCGUUCCUCGCGCGGCACCUGCGCCAGUUCGACGCCAUUCUCUUUGUGCCGGGCAACCACGAGGCGUACCACUCGUCGUGGCCGCGCACGCGCCAGAUCCUGCAGCAGUUCGAGGACGAGGUGACGGCGCGCCGCGACGGCGGCGACCGCGGCCUCGGCGACCUGGUCGUCAUGGAUCGCCAGGCCUACCGCCUGCCCGGGCCCAGCCACCACAAGGUCGUCGUCCUCGGCUGCAGCCUGUUUUCGCACGUACCGCCCCUCGGCGCGCGGUCCGUGCAGGACGGCAUGAACGACUUCCGCCUGACGGCCGGCUGGGACGUCGCCGCCCACAACGCCGCCCACCAGCGCGACCGCCAGUGGCUCAACGAGGCCGUCACCUCCAUCGAGCGCCACGGCGACCCCGACCUGCGCAUCGUCAUCGUGUCGCACUGGAGCCCGACGGGGGACGCGCGCGCACGCGAUCCGCGCCACGGCGCCGCCCGCGACGACGCCCUCGCCAGCGCCUUUGCCACCGACCUGCUCGACGACCCGUGCUUCCGCUCGCCGCGCGUGUGCGCCUGGGCGUUUGGCCACACGCACUACAACUGCGACUUUCUCGUCGCCCGCGACGCAAUCGGCGCGCCGCCCAUACGCCUGCUCGCCAACCAGCGGGGCUACGCGGGCGCCGGCGCGCCCAAAUUCGAUCCGGCCAAGGUCCUCCUCAUCGAGUAG